GCCUGCAAAUAAUAUCUCCCUCCAUCCAGCAACCGCUUCAAAACCCCACUCUCACUCCAAAACCCUCCAUUCUACCUGAAAUACCACACCUCAAUGUGAAAAAUCCCUUCCAUGUCUCUUUCUUCCCUCUCUUCCCUUUCUCUAUAAAACCCUAGCACUCUCCAUCAAUGGCCACAACCAAACCUCCUCUCUUCUCAAUCUCCCCAUCCCCUCUUUUCGCCAAAUUCCCAUCCUACCCUCGCUUCCGACAUCUAUUUACCCCCAAAUGCCCCUGCAAAACCACCACUGCCACCCGACGCUUCUCUCUCUAUAUCCAUGCUGUCUACACGGAAGGCGUUUCAGUCUCCCAAGCGACGAAAACCCCGUCGCCAUCUUCAUGGAAGGACAAGAUUGAGACCGAGGCGGACGCGAUCGCCACCCUGAAUGAGCGAAUCCGCCGUGACCAUGGCAAGCGGGACGCAUUGUCGUCGCGGCCCGCCAUGGAUUCGGAGGAGGCGGAGAUGUAUAUCCAGAUGGUGAAGCUGCAGCAGCAGCGCGGGCUGCAGAAGUUGAAAGGGGAUCGGGCUGGGAAGGGUGAGGGUUUUGGUUAUAGAGUUGACCCGUACACGCUCAGCUCGGGGGAUUAUGUCGUGCACAAGAAGGUGGGGAUUGGUAGGUUUGUCGGGAUCAAAUAUGAUGUCCGGAAAGACUCAACAGAGCCGAUUGAGUAUGUUUUUAUAGAGUAUGCCGACGGGAUGGCAAAGCUCCCAUUGAAGCAGGCAUCAAGGAUGCUCUACCGCUAUAGUCUUCCAAAUGAAACAAAGAAGCCACGGACUUUGAGCAAAUUAAAUGACACUAGUGCAUGGGAGAGGAGAAGGAUAAAAGGGAAGAUAGCUAUUCAGAGAAUGGUUGUUGAUCUGAUGGAGCUUUACUUACACAGGCUGAAACAAAAGAGACCUCCAUACCCAAAAGAUCCCGCAAUGGUUGAAUUUGCUGCUCAAUUUCCUUAUGAGCCCACUCCUGAUCAAAAGCAGGCUUUUAUUGAUGUUGACUGGGACUUGACUGAGAGGGAAACUCCGAUGGACAGAUUAAUUUGUGGCGAUGUUGGGUUUGGCAAAACCGAAGUUGCACUUCGUGCUAUCUUUUGUGUAGUCUCAGCGGGGAAACAAGCUAUGGUUCUAGCACCAACUAUUGUUCUGGCCAAACAACAUUUUGAUGUUGUUUCUGAGCGUUUUUCUCGGUAUCCUGAUAUCAAGGUUGGACUUCUGAGCAGGUUUCAGACCAAGGCAGAGAAAGAAGAGCAUCUUUCAAUGAUUAAACACGGACAUCUGGACAUUAUUGUUGGAACUCAUGCGCUUCUUGGGAGUCGGGUGGUUUAUAAUAAUCUUGGUCUUCUUGUUGUUGAUGAGGAACAGAGAUUUGGCGUCAAACAGAAGGAGAAGAUUGCUUCAUUCAAGACUUCAGUUGACGUUCUCACUCUUUCUGCAACACCUAUACCAAGAACUCUGUACUUGGCGUUGACCGGGUUCCGUGAUGCUAGUUUAAUUUCUACACCACCUCCAGAAAGAGUCCCUAUAAAAACUUAUCUUUCAUCUUAUAGUGAGGAAAAAGUCUUAUCAGCAAUAAAGUUUGAGCUCGAUCGUGGUGGACAAGUUUUCUAUGUACUGCCUCGUAUAAAAGGACUUGAAGAAGUGCUGGAAUUUCUUGAGCAGUCAUUUCCGGAUGUUGCAAUUGCAAUUGCUCAUGGAAAGCAAUAUUCAAAGCAGCUAGAAGAAACCAUGGAGAGGUUUGCUCAAGGAGAAACAAAGAUACUUAUAUGCACAAAUAUAGUUGAAAGUGGGCUUGACAUUCAAAAUGCUAACACUAUAAUAGUUCAAGAUGUUCACCAAUUUGGGCUUGCACAGUUGUAUCAGCUGCGUGGAAGGGUAGGUCGAGCAGAUAAAGAAGCAUAUGCAUACUUAUUUUACCCUGUGAAGUCGCUGCUAUCUGAUCAAGCAUUGGAGAGACUUGCAGCUCUUGAAGAAUGCCGUGAUCUUGGCCAAGGUUUCCAACUUGCAGAGAAAGACAUGGGAAUAAGAGGAUUUGGAAAUAUCUUUGGUGAGCAACAGACUGGGGAUGUUGGAAAUGUAGGAAUCGAUCUAUUCUUUGAGAUGCUUUUUGAGAGCUUGUCCAAGGUUGAAGAGCACCGGGUAAUCUCAGUUCCUUACAAAAAUGUUCAGCUUGACAUAAAUAUCACGCCUCACCUCUCUUCCGAGUACAUAAAUUAUCUUGAUAACCCUAUUGGAUUAAUUAAUGAGGCCGAGAAAGCUGCUGAAAAAGACAUUUGGAGUCUGAUGCAAUUCAUGGAGCAAUUGCGUCGACAAUAUGGAAAAGAGCCUCGCUCCAUGGAGAUACUUUUGAAGAAGCUUUAUGUGAGACGAAUGGCCGCUGAUCUUGGUAUCAGUAAAAUCUAUGCUUCAGGCAAGAUGGUUGGCAUGAUAACGAACAUGAGCAAGAAAGUGUUCAGGCUUAUGACAGAGUCAAUGACAUCCGAUGUUCACCGUAACUCUCUGGUUUUUGAGGAUAACCAAAUCAAGGCAGAACUACUUCUGGAGCUACCGAGAGAACAGCUCCUCAAUUGGAUUUUCCAAUGCUUAGCCGAACUUUAUGCUUCGUUGCCAGCUCUUGUGAAAUACUGAUUUUCACUAAACACAAAGAUAGCCGUUCCUUUACAAAUUGCCCAUGGUCUUUGGAUCUCCCAGUUUGGUUGCGACUGUAUGGCAGAAGGCUUGGAACUAAGUAGAUGGUGGAGAUCUCUGAUCGUCUUUAUGAUAUUUUCCAUAUACAUGCAGCAUGGAUUUGAUCUCCCCUUGGAUUCAACAAAACACUUUAUUUGCUCAGAUCCAUUACACAUGGUAUGGCACCAGGUUGCUGAUGUACAGGGAUUCAAAGUCAAUAGCAAUCGAUAAAUAUACAAAGAAUACAUCAUUUGUGAUGCAGUUUAUGAUUAUAACUGCAAAACUCCGACAUUGGUUUUCGAAAUACACUGCCUAUGGUGUGGAGGGUAUUGCUACACAUGGAUGCAAGGAUGAUUUCAACAGCAUCAGGUGAUGAGUCUAUGCUGAAAAGCUGUUGGUCUUGUUCUGUGGUUCUAACAUCUCCUUGCAUGCGGUUCAUCAGACAAAAGUUGUGUUAGUUCAAACUUACAAAGUGCUGCGGAUCAUUAUUCACAACAGGGUCGAUUAUUGAUAUCCUUCCGAAACAAUGUCUACUCAACGGCACAUAUGUUAAUCGAAAGGUUCAUAGAUAAUAAAAUUCAGAAUUUUUUCCCUUUUGAAAA